UGUUCCAUUCAUCCAUCGAGCUGCUAGCUACUUACUUCACACAGGCAAGUAGUGGAGUUCGAUUCAGGGGUUCAGGCAUGGUGGCUCCGAGAGCACUCGUCCUCGCCGUCCUGCUGGCGCUCGCCUUCGCCAACGCCGAGGCAGCGUCGGUCGUCGUCGGCCUGGCCAAGUGCGCCGAUUGCACCAGGAAGAACCUCAAGGCCGAGGAGGCCUUCAAGGGUCUCCAGGUGGCGAUCAAGUGCAAGAACGUCCACGGCGAGUACGAGAGCAAGGCGGUGGGCGGCCUCGACGGCACCGGUGCCUUCAGCGUUCCCCUGGCGGCCGACCUCCACGGCGCUGACUGCGUCGCUCAGCUCCACAGCGCCGCCUCCAACGAGCCGUGCUCCGGCCAGGAGCCAUCCAAGAUCGUGCCUGCUUCCGAGGGAACCACCUUCAGCAUCGUCGCCGGCGACAGCAUUGCCACGCGGUCUGCAGCGUCGCCAGAGUGCGCGUCCAUGACCUUGUGCGGGCCGAUCAAGAAGCACAUCAUCGAGCAUUUCCACCACAAGCAGCCCGUGCCGCCCAAGCCGGAGCCCAAGCCCCAGCCCCAUCCUGACUAUCACCCCGUGCCCAAGCCGCAGCCCCACCCGGACUACCACCCCGUCCCUCCCACGCCCACCUACGGCGGCGGCGGCGGCGGCGGCGGCGGUGGAUACCAUGGACACCACUAGUGACUCCGAUCUACCACCAUCCGGCCUAGCAGUGAAAUUUCAUGGCUUGUUGCUGUCAGUGAGUGAGCGACGUUGCUAUUUAUGUCAGGGGUUAGCUUGAUCUUCUAUCAUUCAGAAUAAGAGUUGUGAGGGAUAAGUAUGUGUGUCAGGCAAAUGUACGGGUGAUGGUCAGUUUUUUUACAAGGUUUGUAAUAUCGGUGUGAUUUUUUGUAAUGGGAAGUCCCUAUAUAUCUGAAUGAACCAAGUACUCCCUCCGUUUAGGUG